UAUCCAUGACAAAUGCAACUUUUACUUCCCGCUGAGUUCGUUCUCCGUCUCCACACGAGAUCUUUUGGGUUUUAGCCAAUAUUCUUGCUUAGUGCUUGUGUUCUCUUGUAUCUUCCGUUAAUUUUCCAAAAAGCUUAUUUGCAUUUCGCAGUCGUAUAUCUCCAAGGGAUAUAUUUUGUUUGUCGUAUGUCCAUCCAGAAUCUCAACACAUUCGACCCCUUUGCAGAUGCAAUCAAGGGUUCAGAUGAUGAUGUCCAGGACGGUCUCGUGCAUAUAAGGAUUCAGCAACGGAAUGGUCGCAAGACCUUAACAACGGUACAAGGACUCUCUUCUGAAUAUGACUUGAAGAAAAUUGUUCGAGCAUGUAAAAAGGAGUUUGCCUGUAAUGGGACAGUAAUCGAGCACCCGGAGUACGGGGAGGUAUUACAGCUGCAGGGGGAUCAGCGAGAAAAUAUAUGCCAGUGGCUAACUAAAUCAGGUCUGGCAAAACCUGACCAGCUCAAGGUUCACGGUUUCUAAUAAGCAAACCACCGAUGCCACUAUCUAAUAAUACAAUUCCAUCUACGCCAUCACUUUUUCAUCUUAAAUUAUCUGUAUCGGUCACUACUUGUUGAUACUUCGUGGGAUAUCCUAUUAUAUAUACGCAUAUAUAUUUCAGUAAUAAAAAAAAAAAAAGAAACAAAUAUAUACGUAUAUAAAAAAAAUAUAUAUAUAUAUAAAACAUAGUACCGUUAUAUAGGCACAUUUUAAUCCGAAUUUCGGUACGUGAAUAUAUUAAGAAUAAAUAUUUUACAGAUUUAUGUUAGGUGCUCAGCUCGAUUUUGUCACAAUUAAAAUAAUAUUAAUAAUAAUAAUAGCGAUAAAUAAUAGAAUUUGACGAAGCUCUACGUUCAUGAGAUAGAUACAGGUAGAAACGGAUGGAUCUUAAUUUUGAUGUUAGAUAGUAUGUAUCUGGGCGCCAUAGACGUGUUCAGAGAGGUCGAUUCAAGUUCUCCUAGGGUUCUGAUUGGCUUCUCAUAAAAAAAAAAAAAAAAAAAAAAUUUCUCUACAGCUUUUUGCUUCACUUUUUUCCCCCUAUAUAUAUAUAUAUAAAUAUAAAAUAAGGACCAUAGUUUUGUGCUUGAGACUUGAUCAAUUUUUUUUUUCUCCCUCAAACUUUUGUGCCUUUUUAUUCCACUGAUUGUAUUAGUUGUAAAUGACGUUGAAAAUAAUGUAAAACAAAAAACGCCACAAUUUUUUUUUCGGCGUAAAUUGUUUCACUUCUUUCUAAAUGCAAUAUUGGUAUAUAAAUAAUAAUUGUUUUUUGUCUUUGAAAAAAAAAAAAAAAAAUGUGGCUGUUCUAAUUAAAUAAAUGGCAAUUCAUCAGUUUAAUCAAAA